AUGGCGAAACUCGCGCUGAACAGUAAUAAGGAGUGGGCAGUGAGCUGGCAGACGCAGUGGGUUCUUGGCGUGUUCGUGUUGGCGCUGGUGCUGUGCCCUUCUGCGACCCGCCUCACUUGUCUGCUUCCUUUGCGAGUUCUGCUGACCGUUGGGCAUGUGGCAGCAGGGCAGCAGCCAGGCUCGGCGGCGGCGGCGGCAACACCCGCCGCCGCCUGCGACAACAGCUUCUUUGAUCCCACUCACGAGGCCCUGGCCGGCCUGUGCAAGACCUACAGCCAGGUCUGCUUCGACCAGGGACACGUUGUGAGUUACGACCCCGCAUACAGCCCAGCCAACACCUCGUCCGAGCCCCUGCCCAAGCUGGAGAUAGAAGUCAUCGAUGGGCAGCCCGAGGGCACCCUGCUGCAGCCGCUUGGGUCGCAGCAGGCCGCGCCGUCUGGCCUGGGUUCUAGCAGCAGCCGCGGCGGCGGCGGCGGUGCCGAUGACAAUGGUGACAAGUUUAGGAAUGCGCAGAACAAGUAUGCGCCGCUGUCCAUGCGUGCCGCUGGCGUGCUUGAGGAGGGCGACCUGCUGCGCCCCACCUUCUCCAACUGUACCGCCGUAGUGAUGUGGACGCAGUGGGUGCACAACUUUGGGGAGUCGCUGAGCCACGUGACGGCGCGCAUGUGGCAGCUGUGGGCGGACGGCAGGAUGGGCAACGGCACGCUGCUGGCCUUGGGCACGCCCGCGGGCGAGCGCACCCGCUCCUUUUGGCCAUUCUUCCUGCAGCCGUACACCGUCAACGCGGUCAUGUCGUUUGCCGAGCUGUCGGCCCGCACGGCGGCCGGCGCGGAGCCGUCCCACCCGUACGGUCGCUGCUUCCGCACAGCCCACCUGUGCGCCUUCUCUGAUGCCGGAUACUUUCAAGGGAUGUAUGGCGCGAUGCAGGCGGCGUACCACUUUUACGAGCGGCGGCUGCCCAAGCCGGAGCCGGCGGCGACCUUUGACGCCGGCGACGACACGCUCAAGGUGCUGAUAGAGCACCGCAACGGCACCAUCCGGCGCCUGCUGAACUGGGAGGAGCUGGUGGCAGAGUGCAACAGCGUCCGCUGGGAGCUGCCAGGGACGUCACCGUGGAAGAAAGUGCAGUGCAGGUCCACCACGCUCGGCGCUGACCCCAUGCACAACCUGGCAGCGGUGCGGCCUGCCGACAUGGUUGUCAUAGUGCACGGCUCGGGCUGCUCCAACUGGCUGGCCAUGCGGGAAGGAUCCGCACUGCUGGAGAUCAGGCCUUACAAGUUUGGUUCUGAGCAGCGUGGCUGGAGCGACUGGUUUUAUCCAAACAUAGCCGCUGCCAUUGAGUACAAGGUGCACUGGUAUGCCAUCAACAUAGAGGACGAGGCGCUGAGCACGCCCAGCGAGCGCGAGGCGGAGCACGUGAACGAGGACCAUGCGCGGUACCUGCGGGACCGCCACACCACGCUGCCCUUCGCCGCCCUGCGCACCAUGGUGGCACGGGUUGCGGGGGUGGGGCGCAGCAAGGCUGAGUAUGACAAGGUGACGCAGCCGGUGCGCAAGCACUAUGUGGAGCUGGCGCCGGGCGGCAAGCUGCAGCCGAUCCCCGUGUGA